GUAUGAGCCAGAAUCCCUUUGAAGCUGGACAAACUGAGCGAACUCCUGAAGAACAAAAAGCUUUUCUCAGGGCGAUUGCAGCCCUUCCGGAGGUCUUCUUCACUGCAGAUGCCGUCUUGCAUGUGGAAGGGGAUUGGCCAGAAUUAGAUGUUGAGAAAACGACUCACCGCGUCCAUUGGAGUGAGAUUGCAAGACUGAAUUUCAAGCAGAAUGGCUCCCGCGUCAUCGCGCAUGAACAAGUUCCGGCCAAGGAUGGCACCACCUCGGAGCUGCCGGUCUUUACACUUCGUAGCGAUCCCUCGGGGAUAUCGAGGAUCACCAGCGUCUCCAAGCUACAUGCCGUUCGACGCAGACACUCUAUGUGCCUGAACCUCCGAAGAAUUUUCUGCCGAGCUGGACCAUGUGGCAAGGAGCCCGUUGACCCUGUGUUUGUCGUUCAGCCGUCGCCAAUGGGCAGACGGAACGCAGUGCCAGCCAGCGAAAGAGGUUGGAUCUACUUUGAGCGCUUGGUUUCUACCAUUCGUGUCGCGCUCACCGACGAGCAAUAUGCUGCUCGAACAGUUUAUGCCAACAUCCCAGAGCUGAAAGAGUCCAUAUUGAGCCGAGCCAAGCAUUUGCGACAAUCCGCCUCAACAAGCAACAAAGACCUACAAGAGACGAUGGAGGAAUACAUCGCCGAAAUUCGCCAGAAGACUUUCACUGCAACUUCCAUCGACAAGAAGGCGGCAUCGUCAAAGACAAAGGUCACCGAUGUUGAUCUGGUCUUUUCUUUGCUGACAAAUCUGCGGGAACGAGUUUCUCUAGCCCUGGCCAUGACGGUCAGAAAUUUGUCACUGGAAGAUUGCACUUCUUUGCUAAACCUGAAAGCGGAUCUCACCAUUCAAGAUGGUCGAGGCUACAGCCCGCUACACAAUGCCACAAGGUGGCGGAACCUGGAUGUGGUCCAGUUCUUGCUGGCCAAUGGAGCUACCGCAGGACAACGUGACAAGCAAGGGAAUACUGCAGCUCAUGUCAUUCCGCUCUAUGCUGACGAGCUCACUCUGAAUCUAUUAAUCCAGCUGGCUCCAGACGCAAGAUAUUUGAAGAAAGCGAAUCGAGCGGGGUUGCGAGUCUUUGACCGGAUGGAAGUCUGGGCAAUGACAGCUGUGAAGGGCGGACCAUAUAAACCCGUCCUCGACUGGCUGGACGAGCAAACGCGAGAGCAUCCAGAUUUGGUGGAAAGCCAAGACUCAAACCAACGUAAGAGAAAAGCCGGACGAUUCCAAGUGAAGUCCUCCACCGUCACUAUAGACUUGGGCCCAGAGACGCGAGAGGUGAAACACAUCGAACCACGCUUUCAAGCGGUUGGUCGAAUUCUCUACCUGGGUUUCCCUCGCUUUAUCCCAUGGUCCCUACAAGAACCAGCCGUGGAGUCCUGGGCAGCAGCAGAAGGCUUUGAGAUUUGGGCCGUGAACGAAGACUCAGUGAAGCCAGGACUGUUGAAGGAGGGACCAGAAGCCUUCAUGAAAGACCUCAGCAACUUGGUACAGGCCUUGUUGCCGGAGCUGGGCCCAAAAUUUGUCCUGGUGGACAGUUCCUUUGGCCCCGGCACAUUCUUGGCAUGGGAACUGCGGCCUUUCCUGGCAGGAUUACUGAUCAUAAAUGUUCAUUUGUUCAAUGCGCCUGAUUUUGAGCAGACUGAUUUGGCGCAGAAGAUUCGCAAGCGCAUGGCUUACCUCGGAGAAACGUAUGGCAAGCAGGACUAUGAAGCAAUUCUCACGCUGUUGCCAGAUUUUAUGUAUCCUACGGGUGGGCCGUCGGGGCUGGAGGAAACUAAAGCGACGUACAAGGAGGCUUUGGAAGCGGCAUCGCCCAAUUUCUGGGAAAUGGCUAUGCUCCAGCCAUCAUACAAUUUCGAACAUAUCACCAGCAUGUUUACAUCAUUGCAGGUGUGGCCGAUUGAAUCUCCUCCUGUUGUGCUAGCUGCGAGUGACCAAGCUCCCUUGGUGGUGGUGGGCGAAGCCAUGCAAAGGCUGCAACAGAUCAUGCCUGGAUCCAAGCUGGAGUUCAUCCCAAACUCCAAGUGGUCCUGGCACUUAGAAGGAGGGGACGUGAUUGAUGAGGUUUCGGCCAUGCUCACAUCUGUGCUUCCAUCCAAGGUGGAUUCAAAGGCAACUACCAUUUAUGUCACGGUGAAUGGGGAGAAGCGCCCGGUUGUAAUGAUUGAGCCUGCCACACCUGCAAUUGCAAACAUUCUGUACAUCGGGUGUCCUCGUUUCAUUCCAUUCUCGUUGCAGAAGGGCAUUUUGGAGGAAUGGGCGCAGACUGAAUUUGUCAAAAUUUGGGCCGUGAACGAAGACUCAGUGAAGCCAGGACUGUUGAAGGAGGGACCAGAAGCCUUCAUGAAAGACCUCAGCAACUUGGUACAGGCCUUGUUGCCGGAGCUGGGCCCAAAAUUUGUCCUGGUGGACAGUUCCUUUGGCCCCGGCACAUUCUUGGCAUGGGAACUGCGGCCUUUCCUGGCAGGAUUACUGAUCAUAAAUGUUCAUUUGUUCAAUGCGCCUGAUUUUGAGCAGACUGAUUUGGCGCAGAAGAUUCGCAAGCGCAUGGCUUACCUUGGAGAAACGUAUGGCAAGCAGGACUACGAAGCAAUUCUCACGCUGUUGCCAGAUUUUAUGUAUCCUACGGGUGGGCCGUCGGGGCUGGAGGAAACUAAAGCGAUGUACAAGGAGGCUUUGGAAGCGGCAUCGCCCAAUUUCUGGGAAAUGGCUAUGCUCCAGCCAUCAUACAAUUUCGAACAUAUCACCAGCAUGUUUACAUCAUUGCAUGUGUGGCCGAUUGAAUCUCCUCCUGUUGUGCUAGCUGCGAGUGACCAAGCUCCCUUGGUGGUGGUGGGAGAAGCCAUGCAAAGGCUGCAACAGAUCAUGCCUGGAUCCAAGCUGGAGUUCAUCCCAAACUCCAAGUGGUCCUGGCACUUAGAAGGCCCCGAUGUUAUUGGAAGCGUGUCUGGAAUGCUCUCAUCCCUUCUUCCUCUUGACAACAAGUCAGACCUGCGUAUGUGCACAGAAAUUCAGGUAGAGGAUUUGCCAUUGCUGGCACUUGGCGCAUUUGGUGGCGUUCAGUGCUUAGUUUUGAAGUAUGCCAGCAGCACAGCUCCUGAACCUGCCUAUUUUAUAUGGCACUCCCAGUGAUAUCCAUGGAGAACUGUGGUCCGAACUGUGAACGCCCGUGCUGCCAGCCUUGUCAAACAUGCAAAGCAUGGGAGGUGUGUCCUGUUCAGUAAGCUCCCAGUGGGUUGCUGCGGGUCCACCCGUCCAACAUUGUUCAACUUUUGAAAAGUGACACCUUGGCCUCAAGAUGCCAAGAUAUGCCAAGAUGUGCCAAGGGUUGUGCCACUGUCUCUGUUUAAAACAGGGCACAGUGGGUAGACCAUGGUAGACCCGCGCCGAUGUUUCACCAAACUCGGUUCAAAGUUGAGGCAGGAGCCUGCAGGAAUGAUGUGAUAUGUCACAUCAUAUCCAGUCCAUUGGCUUCAACAGGCCUUCUUUCUGG